AUGAACCUCUCAGCUCCCUGCAGCACCGCCGCAUGCCAGGGUGUCUUUCUUGCGCUUGUACCCGAUAACUCGAAGGAGCAGUCGGUGGUGUAUCGACCGCAGAGUCUGAAAGUGGCCGCUGAGAGGUGACCAUGUCAUGCAACCGUACAGCAGUGCUUCCAUCGCCUCCGCCUGGAGCAGGCGGAUCUUGAGUCGGAAUGGCGCUUGCGGUCUGUCGAAGAGCUCCCGGCCAUAUCGCCUGAGGCACGCCCACGCUCCUCUGCUCCUGUAGCUGAUCUCCCGGGUGAGGUCGCCAUGUUCGUUGACGAGGCCACCGAGGUACCGGAACUCGGUCGUCUGGGGGUAUUUCUGUCCCGCGACUUCGAUGGUCAGUGGUGAAGGCGGGGCGGGCUAUGAUGUUGUAGUCGGCUUGUACUUUGCGCGCAUCAGGAGCGUCUCCGUCUUCUUCUCCGACACCGUUAGCCCGAA